CCCUCUCUUUUCCCUGUCUUAAUAAACUCGUCUUUGCCUCUUGGUCUUUCAGAGACAAGCACCAGAUAAAUUUGGAGCAAACCAUAGCAGAAGAGCAAGGAAACCCCCGUAGAGGUAUGAUGAUAAUCUUAGUCUUCAUUUAUUUCUUUCUUUUUUUUUAUUAAAAUUAUUUUAUUGGGAAUUAUCUCUUGGUUAAUGUUGUUUUAUCCUUUUCUUUUUUGUUGGAUGAAUUGAGCUGCUAAUUUUGAGGACCAAGGGAAAUAUUAUCUAUCCCAAAACAAAUACAUAUACAUUUGUGUAAAGGCGGUGGUGGGAAAAAAGAGAGAGUGAGAUGAUAGCUGAAGCGAAGGUGGGUAGUGAAGACUUGAACUUGUGUUUUGAGAAGCUGAUGAUGGUUGCUGCUGGAAAUAGUGGUGAGGGAGUUAAGAUGGAGGGUAUGGUGAUCACAGAGUGGAAAGAUAUUCCCAUGGAGCUGCUGUUGAGAAUUGUUUCUCUAGUCGAUGAUCGGACUGCGAUUGUUGCAUCUGGUGUUUGUAGUGGGUGGAGGGAUGCCAUUUGCUUGGGCCUCACCCAACUCUGUCUCUCAUGGUGCAGAAAGAACAUGAACAAUUUGGUUCUAUCUCUUGCUCCUAAAUUCACCAAAUUGCAAACUCUGAUACUGCGCCAAGAGAACCCACAGCUUGAAGACAAUGCUGUUGAGACUAUUGCAAAUUUUUGUCACGAUCUGCAGGACUUGGACCUCAGCAAAAGUUUCAAGCUUAGUGAUCGCUCAUUGUAUGCAUUGGCCCAUGGUUGUCCUAACCUUACAAAACUUAACAUUAGCGGCUGCCUGUCUUUCAGUGAUGAAGCUGUUGAAUAUUUGACUAAUUUUUGUCGAAAACUGAAAAUAUUAAAUCUUUGUGGAUGUGUUAAGGCUGCAACUGACCGUGCAUUGCAGGCUAUUGGACGAAACUGCAACAUGUUGCAAUCUUUAAAUCUGGGAUGGUGUGAGAAUGUUGGUGAUCUAGGAGUGAUGAGUCUUGCAUAUGGAUGCCCUGAUCUCAGAUGCUUGGAUUUGUGUGGAUGUGUCCUCAUAACAGAUGAUAGUGUGAUUGCUUUGGCAAAUGAGUGUCUCCAUUUGAGGUCACUCGGUCUCUACUACUGUCGUAACAUCACAGACAGGGCAAUGUACUCACUGGCUCACAGCCGAGUGAAGAACAAGCCUUCAAUGUGGCAAUCCAUGAAGGGUAGAUAUGAUGAAGAAGGUCUUAGAAGUCUCAAUAUAAGCCAGUGUACUGCACUUACUCCUUCAGCUGUUCAGGCAUUAUGCGAUACAUUCCCUGCUCUUCACACCUGCUCUGGAAGGCAUUCCCUUGUUAUGAGUGGCUGCUGGAAUUUAACGUCUGUGCAUUGUGUUUGUGCUGUCCAAGCACAUUGCACAUGAACAGUAUUCCCCAUACAGCUCAUUGAAGGGGAUGUUAAUGUUGAUAUUGUAAGUAAAUGUACUUAUGUAAGGGCUUAGAGACACGAGAUUUCUCUGUGUAUAGGAUUGUGUUGAGAAGUAUAUGUUUGUUAUCUCGUCGGACAUCAUGGACUGAGUACACUUUGGACUUGUAAUAUCUGCACUUAUGAAUUGUGAAUUAUGCGGCAUUUGGCUUUUGGAAGCCGAACUUUGCUGGUUAAAGUUUCUGUUUACAUUGCUUCUGGUUUAA